AUCUUAAUCUUUGGAUUUUUCUAGAAACUGUUGCUUGAGGUUAUCUAAGAAAUUCAAAAGAAAAAUGGUUAGUAAACGAACCUAGACCUAAGGAGGGGAAAGUGGAUUGAAAAUUCAAGAAAUUCUCCCUAUCUUGUUGGUUUGGCCGACUUGUUCAAGGGGCUAGGUAUGUGUUAAUCUCUUCUAUAAAUAGGACCUUAGAGUGAAUCAUGAAUAAAAAAAAUCCUAGUAGCUGCUUCCCUCACUAAAAAGUUCACUUGAGACUCAUCAACCUCAAGUGCCCUACUCUCUCUUUUUGGCCGCAACCUUCCCUCACCCUUGGUAGUUCGUUAGCAACUUUCUCUUUUCUCCAAAGUUCGAGCUCUGGUGCUACAAAUCAGCAGCAGUCAUUUGCAUUUGAAGAGGAACCGCGAGAGCGAGGGGGGCGAUAUGGCUGCCACGGUGAAACAAAUGGCGGCGAUUGUCUCCAUGCUUGGCGUUGUUUCUUUCAUUCUGGGGAUCGUUGCUGGGCGCAAGAACCUUGUAGGUAGAACACCAAUACUUCUUUAUGAUGGUAUUGUGACCUGUAUGUGCCCACCUGUUAGUGUUGUAUUUGCGUAUCUGUCUGUAGCAUUUCUUAUUGCAUUCACAAAGUUUGGGUAUAUCUCUGUGUUUUACCCUUAUAAAGGAAAGUCUGUCCCACAUAGUGAAAUGUUUAAACACAGCACUUUCACAACAUUCUUCCACAUUGCCUUUUUUUCCUCUGGAGUAGCUUCAUAUGUGUUGUUAAGGUCAACAUUGAUCACCGGAGGCGAACUGGCUCACCUGACAAUCAAUAUACACAAUGGUCCCAUCUAUGAAUGCCCUACAGCUAAAAUUGAUAUCCUUGAAGUUGGUGCAGUUUUAUCCCUUCUUUCAUCUAUGCUUUGGUUGGUUGCCCUCAUGUUAGCUGGCAAUGCUCGAGAAGAAUUUUUUGGUAAAGCUACUUUGAAGCCUUAUGAUAAUGCAGUAGUAGUGAAUUGUUGCAAUGGUAAAUUAUUUUUGUUAGGUCUGGCUUGAUUGGGUCUCAUUUUAGUUGGUAGUUGUUUGGUGUUAGAUCUGGAUUUUUAGUUCUUGGGAAUGUUUGUUGGGGUUUUGUAACUGCAUUAUGCUGGUGGUUUAGUUUUUUUUUUGGGUUACAAAGGAAAAUACUGUUUUUUUAUAGACAAUUGAAUAUAUAUAUUGAAAUGAAGCACAAGGGACGCUUCAACCCAAUACAAGAAGAAAUAAAAAAGAAAAGAU